AUGAAAACCAACCCGGUCAUCCAAGCUGCCAUUGACCUCACGGCAGGGGCCGCAGGAGGCACUGCCCGUGUGAUUACCGGCCAGCCAUUUGAUACCGCCAAGGUGAAAAUGCAGACGUUCCCUGACAUGUACCGAGGGUUUGUGGACUGUUUCGUGAAGAUUUACAAGCAAGUGGGGUUUCGAGGCUUCUACGAGGGCACCACCCCGGCUCUGGUGGCCAACAUUGCCGAAAACGCCGUGCUCUUCAUGUGCUACGGCUUCUGCCAAAACGUUGUCAGGAGCAUCGUUGGGCUGGACAGCAAAGCAACGCUGAGCGACCUUCAAAAUGCCGCCGCCGGCUCCUUUGCUUCGGCCUUUGCCACCUUGGUCCUCUGCCCCACCGAACUCGUGAAGUGUCGCCUGCAGGCUAUGCACGAAAUGCAGUUAUCCGGGGAGGUCGUGCGCGGGCGAAGUACAGUUUGGUCGGUAGUGAAAGGUGUUCUGAAAAAGGACGGUCCCCUUGGAUUCUACCGCGGCUUCUCCAGCACUUUGCUGCGCGAAAUCCCAGGCUAUUUUUUGUUCUUUGGAGGCUAUGAGCUGAGCCGGACGUUUUUUGCAUUUGGAAGGCCAAAAGAGGAAUUAGGCCCUGUGGCGCUGAUGGUCAGCGGCGGUUUUGGUGGCAUGUGUCUCUGGAUUGCUGUCUAUCCCAUUGACUGCAUCAAAACUAGAAUUCAGGUCCUUUCCAUCGCUGGGAAACAGGCAGGCUUCAUGGUAACGUUUGCAAGCGUUCUCCGGAAAGAAGGUAUCUUUGCCUUGUACUCAGGACUGAAACCUACGAUGAUCCGAGCUUUCCCAGCCAACGGUGCCUUGUUCCUUGCCUAUGAGUAUAGUCGGAAACUGAUGAUGAACCAGUUUGAUAUCUAA